UUUGCCCAUUCGAGGUGUGUCUUGUUAAAAGCCGAGGGAUUUAUUUUUCUUUCUUUGUGUCGACUGUACUUCUCCCAGAUGGCAGUCAUCUCCAGAUACUUCUCAUUCCUCACACAACCUGGACAGGGUGUGUGCUGCCGCUGCUGCUGCUGAUGGUGUCUGCCUGACUUUCUCUUCGUCUGUGUCUCCCUUACACUCUCUUCACUUCCCCACCUAACUGCCUACAUCUGUCUUCAAGUCUUGCCUGUACCCCAUUUUUCCACAGAUAUUUGCUCAGAUAAAAAGCAUGAAUUAAUAACUGAUGAAUGAUGGCGCCCCUGGCAGUAUCUGUGGAGGAGCAAUCUCACUGUUUAGUCUGCUGGUUUUAGUUUAGGUAUUUCAGAGUCAGUCAUCUCUUCAUUCAUUUCCUUCCUGUCUGUCAUUUUUACCACAGCCACUCAAUUCACUUCAUCUAUACUGUUUUACCAACUUGAUCAUACCAGUUAGAAAAGCCCAGGGCCUUUUGCCACAACAACCUGUUACUACUCUUCUCCCAAAGCCACAACUCCAUGUCGAGGCCCUCUACUUCCCUAACCAUUGCUCCACAAUGGGCCCUAAUACUGCUGAUACCACUCACACGCCCACUAGCCAAACCACUAUUCUUCGCCGAGGCUCACUGCUGAACAUCUGAAACUUUUGCACUGUGCCGAAGCCCACUGCUCCAGUGUUGGCCUACCACGCUAACCACUGCUACACACAGCUGAAACCGCUGUUCAGUCCCACCAGGCCGACCGCUCUCAUUCCACGCUGCUGCCCAGUCCUCUGUGCUGAGCCCUGCUAGUCUAACCGCAGCCUCCAUAUGGUAUAUCUGCUGGGACGCAGGUUUAUGAUGUCAGACCCUUGCUUAUUUUGGCAAGUGGCCAAAGCGCACCGGGCUUUCCCUCUCUCCAUACCUCUACCUCCUUCUGUCUUUCCUCGACUUUUUCUCUCUGCGCUCUCUUAUUCUCUCAUUUUCUCAUCCCUCCCCCACCCCUGGCUGAUCCUGUCUCCCUUUUUCCUCUCUCCUCUUUCUCUCUGUGGCUGGCAUAAUAUGGAGUGUCUGUGGUUUUUGUGGGAGUGGGGGAAUCCAGUGCCGAGGCACUUUUCCUGCAGUGUCCUCGGCAGCAGUGCAGUAGUGGUGUUUUAACAGCUGAGAGUCCUCACAAUGCACAGGCGCUCAGGUUUUUUCGGCUGCGCAGGCAAAAUGUGAGGGCCAACACUCUGCUGCAUUAGCCAGAAUAUCUGCAUCUAUUAGAAUGAGUCAGGGGCCAACACAUCAGCUAUUGGAAAGAAAUGUUGAGAAGGAGAGAAAGGAAGCAGGAUGGUAUAUGUGCGCUGGUUAGGAGGCAGUGACAUGUGUUAGGAUAUGCACGAGUUGAACCUCCUUCCGCUCUCAUUUCCAUUAUUUAUCUUUUUGUCUGCUUUUCACGCUGGUUACGCUACUGUCUCUCAUUUUGCCACUUUUUCUCCUUUGUCCUUUGGGUUGUAAGUUUAGUCUUUUUUUGACCCUCUCUACCCCUCCUCACAUCUGUUGUCCUGCCCAUUCUUUCUGAUUUUAUCCCUCACCUCUUUUAUUAUCUGUCAGCCUUCUCUUGCUUCAUCUCACUUCUAUUUAUUCUUACACCACCUUCCUCUGUCCUGCCUUCUCCCUAUCCCUUUGUGCACGUUACCGCUCUCUAUUUCUCACUAUCUACCUCCCUCAGCAGCGCGUAUGUCUUUGCUUUGGCCCAGCUGUCAGCUGCUCCUCCUGUACACACGCAUACACUCUGCACACAUCUGCACAUCUGUGUGCAUGCCCACGACAGUGUGGAGGAGUCACCCUGCUAACCCUAAACAUAAAGGAAGAUGGGAGGCAGGGAACGAUAGGAGAAAGGUAGAGUGGACAGAGAUAAGGUAAAGGAGAGAAAGGGAGGACAACAAGCUAGAGAAAGAGAGUGGAGGAGAGAAAGACAGAGAGAGAAGAGGCAUGCAGAGAGAUAGCAAAAGAUGAAGUGGGGAAAGAUGAAAUUCGUAGGAUUACUUUUCAGCCCACACACUUGGUUCUGAACUUCAUCAAGUCUUCAGCCACUAAUUCAGAGCAGUUCAAGGACUGCCAGAGUAGAUUUUGCGCAACACAAUCACUCCCUUACUAAAGCUGUAAAUAACAUUUGAUACAUCCAAGGUCAAGGUCUAAACUUUAAUUAAGCAAUGUGAUAAUGUGAAAAGAAUUUUAAUUGUAACUCUAACCAGCUGUUUCAGUCACAAAUGUCUCUGGCAUUCCAGAUAGUCAACUAUGCAAUAAGAAAUAAUAUACAAAAGGUAUAUUUCCAUGUGGACAGUACAAAUUGAUUCUGUGUCACAUCACCACAAUUACUCCCCCCCAAGUGAUUAUUCCGUAAAUCUUCUUUUCUCACAUUUUGGUAGCUCAGGUUCUGACUUACUCAUAGCAUCUCUAAGUGUAACCACAGUCCUUCCACUCUUCAGAGCCACAUCACAGCAGCAGAAUGUACACCUGUAGUCCAGCCCAGCUGUCUACAUACGCGGGGCAGCCAAAUAAGCCAGCCCGUUUCCUUAGAUGUCCAAACCAAAACAUGUUCUAGUUGUCUCGGCAUGUUUGCCAUUUCGCCACGGUCCAAUCAGGUCAUUUGGAGGCCAGAUUUUGGUGUGGCGAAAGUCACGAAUGGGUCAGAAAGUGGGUUUGGAUAGAAGGCUGGUAGCGUAACGAUAAACACUGUACUGGGUGUUGUCUGUCUGCCGAUCCCUGGACAUCGGCCUGUCUGUAUGUCAAGUCACUGUGCCAGCCACACACCCAGCAGUGUGAGUAAUCACCCAACAAGGAAAAGAGAUGUUAAACAGAAAGAAUAGCAGAGAAGAAAGAGAUGGAAACGAUGGUGUCACGCACAACUCUUUCAACAUUCAGUCUUGCUUAUAUAUUUCUAAACUCAUCUGUUUCUACUUUUUUUUCAGAUGUAUCCAGAUGUUGCUGGUGAUGUGCAAUCCAUUACAGGUACUUGGUGUGGAUGGGGUCAACUUCAGCGUGCAUGUGGAGAACCAGACGCAGGUGCGAGACACCAUGAGUCGGCGACACCACCGAGUCUACCAGCUCUAUAGCCGCACCAGCGGCAAACACGUCCAGGUACUGGGACGCCGAAUCAGUGCACGAGGAGAAGAUGGAGACAAAUAUGCCCAGCUCGUAGUGGAGGCCGACACCUUUGGCAGCCAGGUGAGAAUCCGGGGCAAAGAAACCAAUUUCUACCUUUGCAUGAACCGCCGUGGCAAGCUGGUAGGAAAGAAGGCCAGUAAUCGAAGCGCAGACUGCGUCUUUGUGGAAAAGGUUCUGGAAAACCACUACACAGCUCUGAUGUCAGCGCGCUACACAGGCUGGUAUGUGGGUUUCACUAAAAGAGGCCGCCCUCGCCGUGGCCCCCACACACUCCCCAACCAGCAGGACGUACACUUCAUGAAGCGUUUCCCGCCCGGGGAGCAACCCGACCUCACCACACCCUUCCGCUUCACCACCGUAAGCAAGCGGGGCAAGAGGGUGCGUGCUACUGGGCCCCGCUAGUAGUGGCUAACGCUAGCACCCACUGUCUUGUCAUCCAAAGCCUUGACCUGAGCCUGCCAAUGGCUAACCCAUUCAUCUCUUCUGUCACAAACGACUGAACGCCUCCAUUUGUUGGGAUAAACAUUGACCAGGAACUUGAUGAAACAUUCAUGGGGUUUAGCUUUACACCUACUAAUUUGCCACUACAGUCCCCUAGUUAAGAGAUCAUUCCUCUCAGUUUUAGUUAACUUACUGGACCAAGUGGACCAUUACUUGUCCAUCGCUGGAAGCUCUAUGUAUCUGGUCUGCUUCCUUCUUGGGCCAGAAACACUGACAGAAAACCUGAAGGGCUGCCAGAGUCCCAGGCUCUAUCAAGGCCUUUAUUCCACAGCCACAAAUACCACAAGGCCUUCAUGUCUCCUGUUCUGGAUCAGCUGGACAAUGUCAAGUAUGGGAUUACAACUGGACCAUACAGAGAGUGAACAAAGGUGGGAAAUGCUGACUGAACAAGAGAGUGGGUGCUUAGCCCAUGGAUAAAGGGAAAACAGGAAGGAGAGCACGGGAAAACAUAGAAGGGGACAAAGGGAUAAAAUGAUCUGCAUAGAUCAAAUGGACCAAUAAUGGAUUGUUGACAUGUGACGCACUUAUUUGUCUCACUACUAAAUUGGUGGGAACCUGUGAGACUGUUGCAUGAAUGAAAGGAUGGAUAAGAAAAGGAUGAAUGAGGGAAUGACUGAGUGAGUGACAUAUCGAAAAAAAUGCCAGUUUGUAAUAAGAAGACGAGAAAAAUGUACCUAAGUGUGUGGGUGUGGGUGUGUGUGUGUGUGUUUGUUUGUGUGAGUGAGUGCACCAACAACCAUGAGUGAAGCUGGAUCACAAGGGACUCUGGAAAGGGACCAUCCAGUCCCUGCAUGGACCCAUGACGACUCACCGCAGGGACUGAAGCUUUAGGAACUAGAAUGUAUAAAAACUAAGCUGCACCAAAAACAGCCAGCCAAUCACCGCAAACCAAACCAACAGCCGACCAAAGACAACUGGAAACCUUCUUCGUGACUCCUCUUGACACACCCAACAACCCCCCCCCCCCGAGGACGCUACACCCUCACCUUAUAAGUGCAGAGGGUGAUGAGUGCAGGGGCAAGCACGGCUGGGAGGGCGCCUUGUCGAUUAGCAUUGCUAUAGAAAUGACCCAGGGGAUGAUGCUCCCGUGCGAUAUCAUGGAUACAGAAUGCUGCUACCAGGACAUUCAGUGGAACAAACCAAAGUCUCAUGCAUACACACAGGAGAAAAAUACUAAAGGGAACAAUUUAUUGAAAGUUAUAUAUAUUAUAUAUAUAAAAGAAGACAGAAACCCUAAAUAAGCGAUCUUACUAUGAUGGUUACUAUAAUUAUUAUGAUAAAAUUAUUUCAUUUAUUUAUUUCAGCUCUGUGUGCAGCAGUCUUUCUCGACUCAGUAAACCUUACAGAAACAUUUCCUGUGUCUCUCAGUCUUUGUAAACUGCUUCCUCGCAUACAUACCACUAUUUUGUCAAAGGAUACAUUGGGGAUGGAGAUUCAAGUGAAACGAGGGAAUACCACUUUUUAAAUGAUGCCCAACAUUUGCUUGUUCCCAGCUACAGUAACAUGAGUAUUUGAUGAUUUUCUGUUUUUUUAUCAUUCAAAAUUGAAAAUGUGUCAGUUUAAGAUUAACUUUUUUAUUUCACAAAAAGAAUCAUAGAAACUAUGACAAACAGUACCAUUUACGACUAAGAUAACCAUUCCUCCUAUAUCUUUGGCUGUAUUGGGCGCUCAAUCAAUGUACAGGACUGUGGCAAUGCAGGGUUUGCAGAAUUUGUGUAUUUAUUCACCUUAAUUUUUGUAGGUAUUUAAUCAAAAACAAACAUAUUUU